CUGCAAGCGUUCCCACCUAACCGACGAGUAGUGUCGGGGGGACAGCUUGAGAUGGCACCGGCUGGUAAAGGAACUUUUGUGUCAACAACAACGUCGACAGUCUUCCCGAGACUGUCAAUCUUUUCAAUUGACUUUCUGCGAAGCCGCUCAAUGGGCCUGAGAUGAGCGGUCGCCGGGUCUUGGGCUUCGCUGCCGAGCAAGCGCAUAUCUGCAAUCACAAUGGCAUCUGCCCGGUGCGGUCACUGAAGCCGUCAUCGUCAUCCAUGCGGCCGUUAAUCGGGACGACGGCGGCAGCGGCACAAUGGCGAGUUGCUGCUGGACAGCACGCCAGGACAUGUCAACUCUCUCUUCGAACCAUCCACACCACUCCCUCCCAUGCUCGAGCAUGGACGAUUACCGACCCCAAGCCACCAUCUCCCCCAAACCGACCAAAUCACCCACCCGGGCACGCCUAUAAGAAGCUCACCCCGAUCGCCGAACGAACCCGUUCCCUUAUGCGUCUCUUCCCACAUUCCGUUGUUGUAUGCACCUCUACUGAUACACAUACGCACGCACAUUCCUCGCAGCCGCACAAGCCUCAUAAGCCGACCAUGCGCGGCAUGACCAUGUCCUCUUUCACCUGCCUCGGCCUUUCCCCCUCGCCGAUUGUUAGCUUCAACAUCACUCACCCGUCCCGAACAUUAGACGCAUUGCGCGCCAGCAGGCGGUUUAAUAUCCACAUCCUUACGGAUGAUAUCGCGGGUGCGGCGAUUGCGGACUGGAUGACCAGGGGGAACAGCGAAGGGCCAGAAAAGGUGUUCAAGGGGCUGGAGAGUGAAUGCGGGUGUGUGGUUGCCAACCAGGAGGAUUUGAAUAUGUGUAGGGACUAUGGGGAGGCGCCCCUGCUAGACGGGGAUGGGGUUCUCUAUAUCAUGAGGUGCAGGGUAUUAGAGGAGCCUAUGGAGGGCUUGAUCCCCGUCCGGGAUCACGUUAUUGUACUGGGAGAGAUCGAGGAGAUUGUCGAGGGGCUUGGUGUUAGGCGCGGGGCAGAAGAAGGGGAAGAGGUGAACUCGUUGGAUCCUGUUGACCCGGAAAAAUCCGAGGGAGAGGAUAGAGACGGAUACCAGUUCGGACUGGUGUAUGCGGACAGGAGGUACAGACAGUUGGGAAACUGUGUAGUGCCGCUGCAUGGUCCAGUCAGGAGUACUCACGAGGAAGAGCCCGUGAAGAAGGCUAGUAGUAGGAUUAGUACACUUCCUGAAAUAACAACAAACUCUUAGCCAAACAAACGCAAAUCAAUAUGUGAACCAAUACGGCCUGGGCGGCCUGUACUCAUCACUAGGGGCCUCGGAGGAUUUCAAGCAGGUAGGUGAGCAGCUAAUGGGGCUGUUUCAUGCAAAACAUUUCCUCCCUAUAUAUGACCCUCAAAUGGUAUCUGUCCAGCUCCUAUCGCAACUCGAGAAGCGCUCAGGGCGUGUCGGCACCGGUAAGAGACAUAAACGCCGAAAACGAUCCUCCUUUCAUCCGCGAAUCCGCUUGUUCCCCAGGGUUAUAAAUGUAUUUCGGAGCAAUACAUUUACUCGCCCUUCUGGA